UUGUCUGCUCCAGACAUGACCCUCAAAUCUGGGCCCCUCAGGGCUCGGGCUCUGCUGCUGCUGCUCCUGCUGUGCCUGGAGCUCUGGGCACAGCAAAGCCUGGCACUGCAGUGCCAGCCUGGGGAGAGGAAAAUCACCAGCAAAGAUGCAGAGAAAUGCUGCCCCAAAUGCAUCCUGAUGGAAGCAGGCAACAACCUGUGCCAGGGCAUCGAGGACCACGAGUGCAGGUGCCCCCAGGGCCACAGCUGUGGGGAUAACAACUGCCUGUACUGCAGGAAGCUGCCAGAGUGUGCUGAGGGCCAGGAGCUCACCAGGAUUGGAGACACAGAUUUCACAUUCCAGUGCAAACCCUGCGAGACGGGAACUUAUUCCAGUGUGAAGAAUGGCUGGUGCAGGAACUGGACUGACUGUGAGAGCUCGGGGUUUGUGACACUCAGCCGAGGCAACAGCACCCACAACUCCAAGUGUGGCGUCCUCCCUUCUCCCAAAGACGUGGGGCAAGCUCUCCUGCCCUCCAGCUCCCUGUCCACCACCAUCCUGGCCAUCCUGACGGCCGUGGCCGUGUUCGUGCUCAUCCUGCUCACCUUCCUCCUGCACUUCUGCAUCUGGACCCUGAAGGACAAAUAUUUCGCAGCUGAGGACGUGGACCAUCACUUCCCUAGGCCGCCGGCGGCUCCGCAGCUCCCGGAGACCUCCAGCAUCCAGUUCCCCGAGGAAGAGCACGGAGGAAAGACGGCCGAGGAGAAGCUCUCCAUGCUGUCCCUCAAAGUCUCCAACGAGCUCUCCAACAGAUAAACUGCUGUGGGGCGCCGUGGGAACGGGGAGCUGAGCUUUCCCAAAGGAACAGGAGGAAGGGGAUGGGCUGUGAAGCAUCGGGAGACCCGCGGCGAGGAGGAGGAGGAGGAGGAGGAGGAAGAGGAGGAGGAGCGGCUUUUUGGGGCACUUUGGGGCUUUGCUCUCAACAAACCUGGCUUUGGGAAAUGAAAAUCCUACUGAUUCAGGCUGGCAUUCGUUCCUGAGGGCGCUCUCCCAGCUUUUCCCUUUUCCAGAGCGAUGCCCACAGUAAGGGCAUAGG